AGGGCGGGGUUGAGGGUUGAGGGAAGAGAGGAGUUUGGUAUUUCACCAUAACUCGGGUAGGAUUAAGUCUUUUGGCCUAUUAACAAUAUCCAUUUCUCAUUAAUCGUCAGCGCCAUACUAUCAUCAACCAUGCUGAAGAUCUCCACCACAUCAUCACUAUCUCUGCCGCCUCGUCUCCCUCCCCUUCACUUCAAUGAAACAUUUCAGUUUAUUCCUGCAGCGGCGAUACCAAUCGGUAGAAAAACACGGCUGAGGGUCUCAUCAUCAGAGAGCUAUAAGACAGUGGUGGACGUUGCUUCAACACCGGAAACAAAUGGAGGCGGUGCAGCGGAUGUUGUGAGAAGGUUUUACCAAGGAAUCAACAGCCGUGAUUUUGGCUCGGUGGAGAAGCUCAUUGCGGAUAAUUGUGUGUACGAGGACCUCAUCUUUCCUCAACCCUUUACUGGUCGUAAGGCAAUCCUAGAGUUCUUUAAGAAUUUCAGUGAUUCCAUUAGCACUGAUCUCCAGUUUGUUAUUGAUGACAUCUCUACUGAAGAUUCCUCUGCAGUUGGUGUUACAUGGCAUUUAGAAUGGAAAGGAAAGCAAUUUCCCUUCAGCAAAGGUUGCAGCUUUUAUCAGCUGGAGGGUGUGAAUGGCAAGAAACAGAUAAUAUAUGGAAGAGACAUUGUUGAGCCUGCAAUUAAGCCUGGGAAAUCAGCAUUAGUCUUGAUCAUUCAAAAUUUCUUCGGGAGUAUUCAGGGUAUUAUCAGGGCAGUAACUUGGUUGCUGCAACAAUUUCCUCAACUAGCAGACAGGCUUUGAUGAAAAAGGCUGUGCAUCAGAUGAAGUAAAUUUCAAAGGAAAAAUUGCUAAAUUCUUGAAUCAAUAGAUUGUGAAGUCCUGAAAGACUAAAUCUACAUUUCAUAUUGUUUAUAUAUAUAGUAGUAUAGUGCAUCUAACGUUCCUUAAUUUCAGUUUGUAUUAAUACUGAAUUCAGCUAAUUUAGAUCAUAUUGUGAA